CAUUUUAUCAACUUCCAUUAGAAAUGAUUAACACAAUCUUCUUAUUUGUGAUUGCUGGAAUGGGAUUACAAGAACGUUUAGCUUUGAAAGCAGCCUUAAAUUUUAUGGCUGACUUUGUAAGUCAAGAUCAUCGAGAAAACGAUAAAAUAGUAGACACAAUUAUGAUAAACUUAGGACCUCAAAUUAUGGAGCAACUUUUAUUGGGAAUUGGUGGUCGUGUGCCUAGAUCAUUUUUAGGUCCGCUUAUUGAUGUAUUAUAUAAAAUUACAGGAAAAUACAUGCAAGAAAGUCGUCAAUGGCUACAAGCAUUGUUGGUUAAAGAUGGAUUUCCAACUACUUUAGUAAAUUCCAAUGACAAGGAGACAUUUCUUAAAGGAAUGCUUGGAACUCGUUCUUUAAAGAGAUUUAAAGAAACUACAAAUAGCUUUUCUAUAAAAUGUAGAGGAUUAGGAAAUACAACUUUCGGUAAAGUAUAAAAGAUGUCUUAUUGUUUUAAUUUAUAUUUAUGUUACAUAAAAUAAAAUUGUAUUGUACAACAACAUACAACCCAGUAAAUACAUGUAAAUUGCUUUUAUAUAUUAUAUACAUAUUAUAUUUCUUUUCUUUUUUUUUUCUUUUUUUUUUUUCUUUUU